AUGGCUGUGCCCAUUAGCAACGAAUCGACUAGGUUAUGCGCCCGCAACAAGCCCGUACGACGCACGACAGCGGAGAGACUUCCAUGGCUAAACGGCAAGACCCCCAGAGCACCAAAGGUAUCCGUGGAUGGGCAGAACAGUGCAUCAAUGGGCAGCCAGCAUGGUAUAUCUUGCGACGGGCAAUCUAGCGCUGUGGAAUCUCCCUCACCAAACGCCCGUCCCUCUAAUCGCAAGAUAUCCAUUAGCACCGCUUCCAACCCUGACGUGGCGGGCAAGCCAUCAGUACGGAAGAAGACGUUAAGCCCCACAGCUGUAUCGGUGGCCGGUAGUAGCCCAUCGCCAGUAACCAGACAUAGAUUAUCCCAGGCUCGGCGAACAUCCCUUGCAACCAACACACUGCCGCCGUUAAAAUCAGCACGUCGAUCAUCCAUAGCACAAUCACAUGGACCACAGAAGAGACUUUCAGUUGUGCAAUUCAAGGAAGACACGGAUGAGAUAGGAUCAAAUCCUCGCCAUAAUGUUCGUCCUCGCGCUGACAGCCUCGCUCCUAUUCCUGAUCAUCUCGAGCAUUCCAGCUCACCCGAGUCUGUCCGAGUGACGUUCCCGGGUGAUGAAGAGUCCGCAUCAACACCUCCUGCGGUCGUAUCGCGCGUUCAAAUGCCUCCCAAUCAGCCAGUUCCAGCUCGCACUGCGUUUGGAAGAGCUACCAAUAGACGGAUAAGUAACGCAGUGAAUGACCUGGAGCAUAUGGUACAAGAGGCCGUAGGAGUUGCCGAGGAUACUCAUGAUCAAGAUCAGGUUGAGGAGAUAUACGGAAUCAUCGAAGGAGCUCGGGGUGCACUCCAAGAAGCAUCUGCUGAGCCUAGACAUCUCAUGGCCACUUCACUUCCACUGGAGGCAUCCAGUUCCUCAAGUCCGGGUUACGUUGGUGGUCCGACACAGUACAAUAAUGAUAUCGCUCCCAAUGUGCAUCACGACCCUCAUCAGCAUAGAGGUUCUGUAUCAUAUGAUUGGGCCUACUCAAACAGGGCCGAUCGAGGGAAUGAUGGGUCAUCGACAUCGUGCUGUGAAGACGAGGAAGAUAUCUCGGAACUGGGAACACGAAGCGAUCUACUCCUACCAAAGCUCGUUCAAUCAGCUCCACGAGAACACGUAGACUUCGUUCUUCGCCCGGUCGGCCGAGAUGAGUCUCGCGGUCGACCGCGCGGACGAUCUGCUGACGACAUCGGAGUUCAUCAACACCAUCAUCGCCAUCGACGUCACAGAAGCCAUGAACACACAGGGAGACCCAAGGCUCGACACCAGCAGACAGAAUCAGGUUACAGCGAAUUCGACUCUUCGUACGAGACUGGGGAACUGCUAUCUCACCCAUAUGGAACCCAACUUGCGGUUCGAGAAGCACAUCAUCACACAUUCAGUCUUCGACGUAAUCACCGCAGACAGCCGAUUGCGAGAAAUUGGUCGAAAGGAAAGAAACGUUUGACUGCUAGUAUUGCCUGUAUCAACACAGCUCUGCUUGGGAUUAUCGUUGGGAUAUAUGCGGGAGAGGUACCUCGGAUACAGUACUCUCUUGCGGAUGAACGACACAUCACCAUUAUUGGCAAUGCAGUCUUAUAUGCCGGGCUCGCUAUAUCGACUUUCUUCGCCUGGACACUACCUCUUCUGCAUGGACGCAAACCCUACAUCCUAACUGCCCUAGCAAUUGCUCUACCGCUUCAGUUCCCCCAGGCCAUCGUCGUCAGCGGCUAUCGUAACAAAGAUGCGAAAUACCGUGUUGGACUCAUGGUUUCACGUGCAGUAUCUGGUCUCGUCCUCGGAUUCGCAAAUGUAAAUUACAUCACCGUUCUGCUCGACCUCUUCGGCGCGUCUUUACAAUCCAAGAACCCACACCAAGAGUUCGUUGUUGUGAAUGAUGUGCGACGUCACGGGGGCGGAAUGGGCAUGUGGUUGGGUGUUUGGUCUUGGUGCUGGAUCGGAUCUCUUGCCCUAGGAUUCCAGAUUGGUGCUGCGAUUAUCGAGAAUCUGACUCCCGACUGGGGCUUCUAUAUUGUCGUCAUCAUUCUCGCUAUGUCACUGAUUCUCAACAUCAUGUCGUCGGAGACGCGACGCGCACCGUACCGGAGAUCGGUGACUGAGGUGUAUGACAGGGAGGAAAACUACAUCACCAGACGUGUGAGCAGAGGCGAAGUGAAGUUGCAUAUUGAAACCGAGGGACCGCAGUAUUGGUUCCAAGAAGUUUGGGCUGGUAUGAAGCUCAUGGCUAUGAUGCUUUGUCAACCGGGAUUCCUCGCCCUGGCGCUCUACGUGGCCUGGAUAUACGCACAGGUCGUGCUUGUCAUUAUUCUGCUCGGUGCGCUUCUGUCGCGAAGCUACCGCUGGAAGCCAGCAAAAGUGGGCGCGGGCGUCAUGUCCAUAGCCAUUGGCGCUUUCCUCGCGAUCCCCUUGACAAAAGCUGGAAUCUUCUCCAGAGAACGCAAACGCGAAUUCCGUACCGACUCGAUGACAUUCCAGAAACAAGUCACUUGGUCUAGCCAUCUCGUCCGCCGCGCUGUCUUUACUCUCACACUCCCGCUGAUGGGUAUGGCAUACACUGUCUCCUCAGCCGGGCGCCCUCAACCAUAUUUUGUGCCCAUCAUCUUCGCCGGUGCAGUAGGCUUCCUCAGUAACCUCGCCAUAGCCGAGUGCUAUGGCCUCAUCAUGGAGACGUUCGAUACAUGCGACUUGCAGCCUGGAGACAAUACACGACAUCGACUCCAAAGCAUGGCCGUACAAGAUCGCAGAAGAAGAACAAACUACACAUCCUUCCCUCGUGUUACAGCCGGUAUCUUCGCCACCCAAAUCAUCGGCUUCAUCCUCGCUGCCGUGGCUACCUUGGUCGGUGGCAACAUGACACGCCGUUACGGCGCACGCACAUCCACAGGUGUAACAGCCAGCGUUCUCUUCGGCCUCACGAUCCUCCUCAUCCUUGUCCUCUGGCGCUUCAAAUCCGUACAAGUGAUACCAAACCACACCUUCGGUACCAGACGCGACACAGCGGCAUGGGAGGAAUUCAAAGAACUAGAGAAACUGGGCAGAGGGAACGAUUGGAAGGCUGUAGUUAUUGGUAAUCCGAGUGGCAAGAUGAGGAGUAUGAGUGUGCUGGAGUUGGGUGCUUUGAGUCGGUGGACGGAAAUUAGGAAGUUGAAUUUUUUGAUCAGUGGGGUUAUGCUGGGGCAGGCGAAGGAGAAGAAGAGGGGGGGUAGGGAGAGUUGGUAG